GUACUCCAGGUACCUUUCCCCCCUGCUUCUCUCGCUCUCUGAAGCUGUUGUGGCUGCCAGCGACGUCAUGCAAAAACUAACUUCACAAUCACAAUACGCAGCUCAGACCCAUCCUCUUCCAGAAAAGCAUUGAGCAACUCAUCUAAUCACAGAUAAAGUCUACGACUUGAACAGCAAUGUCUCUCUAGAGCUACCUUGUAAAACCCCGAAAGAUAAAGCCGCGCAACAAAGCUUCUUUUAUUCUGGAGUUUGUCAAUUUUGCACGAGAGCUUCCUGUAAGUUUUUAGUGAAAUGGCAGGGCACGAAUGGAAUGAUUGGUUUGAACGAGAGGAACUAAUCGGACAGAUCAGCGACAUCAGAGUUCAAAAUUUACAAGUUGAAAGAGAAACUGUUCAGAAGAGGACAUUCACAAGGUGGAUCAAUUUGCAUUUAGAGAAAUGCAAACCUCCUUUGGAAGUGACAGAUUUAUUUCAAGAUGUCCAGGAUGGGAAGAUCCUGAUGAUACUGCUGGAGGAGCUCUCAGGCUGUAAGCUGCUUCAUGAAUUCAGACCAUCGUCGCAUCGCAUUUUUCGGCUCAACAAUAUUGCAAAGGUCUUGAAGUUUUUGGAGGAAAGACAGGUAAAGUUGGUCAGCAUUGAUGCUGCUGAUGUUGCAGAUGGCAAUUCCUCCAUUGUUCUUGGAUUGAUAUGGAACAUUAUUCUCUUCUUUCAGAUCAAAGAACUGACAGGAAAUAUCAAGAAUAGAGUUCUGUCUUCCUCAAGCUUGUCCUCUCUGCAGAACAGCACAGAUUCAGAUACAUCACACCCCAGCACACCGACUGAGGAAUGGCGCUUGUCAGUGUCACUGAAAGGUCAAAGGAGAACCAUUAAGACACUUUUGCAAUGGGUACAGAGACGCACAAGGAAGUAUGGCGUGGCUGUUCAAGAUUUUGGAAAAAGUUGGAAGAGUGGCCUAGCUUUCCUGGCCAUUAUUAAAGCAAUUGACCCCAGCUUGGUGGACAUAAAGAAGGGUCUGGAGAAUACUGCUUGGGAAAACCUAGAGGAUGCCUUCAGAAUUGCAUACUAUAACCUGGGCAUUCCUAGACUUUUAGAACCAGAAGAUAUUACCAUUGCUGCACCUGAUGAACAGUCCAUUAUGACUUAUGUCUCUCAGUUUCUUGAACAUUUUCCUGAGCUUGAGGAUGAUGAAAUAUCAGACGUUAUUGAAAAAUCAGUUUCUCCAGUUAAAGAUAAUUCUCCAGUAAAUGGGCUUCAUCAGAAUGGAGAUCAUCCAGUUGUGAGAAAUGACUGGGUACAGCCCCCGCCAAAGAUUUUCAUUUCCUCUGUACGAGAUAAGCAUGAACAAAUGUCACCUCCCGCAUACGAGACUCUAAAUGAUAGACAUAACCAGCCUUGGAACAGUGAAGAAGACUCUUCAGACUCCAUCUCAAAUCACACGGACCCAACUGCUUAUCCACAGCUGCCAUUAGAACUGAGAAUGGGAGUAUCUUGUGUGGCUCAAAGUGCAAAUUCUGCCCAACCGUCUUUUGUGGGAGACACACCCGAUUCUUUGUAUGAGUUUAUAAGUGAAGAAUUUGAUGGAAAGAUCCAGGAAAAUAAAAAUCGCAGUCAGUGGAAUGUUAGUCAGUCACCAGUUGUUCAGAAAGGGGAUUUGCUCAUCAAUGGGGAAUUAGUAGAAACUGGUGAAGAUACCGAGGAACCUGGAAGAGCCUCUCCAUUACAGGGACAUGCCAGAGAAGAUUACGUUUUUGAAGACCUGUUCAUAGAUGAGAGUAUUUUUUCUGAAAUAUCUGAAGCUAGCUUUAAGGUAAAAUCUAAAUUACCUUCAGAGGAAGAAGAUGCAUACAAAUACAUUUUGGAUCUACUUGAACAAGAAAACGCCCAGGAUAUGUCCUCAGAACUCUGUGGUGAAGAGGAGAAGGAGGCCACAGUCAAAAAGGCACCUAAUACAUCAGAGUCCGCUUUAGAGAAAAGCGAACCACACAAUGCAUUGGAAGAGAUCGCUAGAGUAGAACACAGAACUAAUGCACUGAUGGUACCAUCCAAAUGCAACAAUGAUGCACCAUCAGAAGAAAAUCCAGAAGCAAUGCAAAAGAUUGAUUCCAUUGCACUUGAAAGUGACCCUGCUUCUGAAGAGCCUCCUGAUAAGGAACUGUGUCCAAUGAAUGGUAGUCAAGCACAGAGUGUAAGCCAAAGUCCUGUUUCAGUAACACCUUUGCAUCUUGUCUACUACCCUCACUACAAUGUGGCCAUUUCAGACAUCACUGAAGCAUUCUCCCCGCCAGUCACUGAAGGUAAAGAACAUCUCCAUGUUACAAGUUCAUCACUGGAUGUAGUUUCUGAUGUUAAGGGACAUAUACAGCCAUUCUCUGAGAUUCAAGGUAACACAUCGCAAGCUGUACCUUCUGCUACAUUGAAUCAAAUGAAUGGAGGAAAUCAGGAAUAUUUGGAGGAUUCCACUAAAGUUGAAGAACACACAGCGAUAUUGAGUUAUUCUGAUGCACAGGUAAUAACAGAAACUGUCCAAGGUGUCGAUCAAGAGAGUUGUUUUAAUUCUUCAUCCGCACUUACCCAUGAAGAAGAACAAGCUGAGGUGCUUGAAGAGGGUGAGGAGGAGCAAAGUGUACAGCUGAAUGCAAAGUCAGAGAUAAAGGGGAAUCUUGAGGUUGUAGAGCACCUGGUUGAUGGCAUGAUGCCAACAAUCGAAGAAACAGAUUUGGAUGAAGAAUGCAAUGAUAUCAAGGAUGGCAGAAGUGAUAGCAAAAGUGGAAUCCCAGUUCUAACAGAAGGGCUUGAUGAUGACUCGGAAAACACAGAGGACACAGAAAUCAUAAGGAGGAACAAUGUACACUCUGAAGACUCAAUAACUGAGAGCCACAUUUACCCCAAGUUGUCCCAUAGGAAACAGUUUUUACAGACAACGAGUAACCAGAUAAAGAAAAAUGGAAGUGAAAAUGACCAUCUUAUCAGUUCCAAUAUCAGUGGAGAAUACCAAGGUCAGGAGAGCUCAGCAGUCAAAGCAGCAUGGAGUUCUGAAGACCCCAGCAAUGGAACCACUCCAGGGAUUUACCUGCUUCUAUCCCUUUGGAUCCUGGUUUACUGUAUUAUCAUUAUUCCACAGCUGAACUAUGAUUGACUCUUUUUAAUGUACUACUGAUGUCAGUUGGCAUGGCAUAAUGUAAAGAUCUCUUUAGUUGAGCUACUCAGUAUACUGUCUCAGCAGAACAUGCUACUAAAUUAGACAAAGUCUGUCAGUACCUUUCAUUUUCCAUAUGCUUGUAUGUUUGUAAAAUCUGGCUUUAAAACAGGUUUUUUUUAUAACUCUGAGAGCGGUUUAGGUUUGCAGCAGCUUUUUCUUUUUAUAAACCACAAGAAUGCUUUGGAAGAUUAAAAGUAAUCCCUAAUUGUUUUGUUUUUCCUGAUAUCAUUAUGAUUUUAGUAGUUGAUUUCUCUGACCAGUGUAUAUAAAACAAUAUAACAAUUACACAUGAAUCGUGCAAUCCCUGCAGUGUGUUCAGACUGCCAUUAAAAACAACUGCAGUUUUGGAGUUGUAAUAUCAAAUUGUUAAAUUGAUGUUAUUCUAAAGCAAAAGUACAUCAGAAGUACAUAAAAACACACAUUUUGACUUAUUUUUGUGCUAUAAAAUAUGUAGUGGAACAUUUUUAAAAGAAGCUGAACUUUGAAUUUUAAAGCAUCGUUCCACGUGCAAAGUUGCACUUUGAUAGCAGUGAACUGCCAAAGACAUUAAGGCUGGGCCUUUGCUUUUUCUUAAAACUAUUUAUAAUGAUUUCACUUUGUUCGACUCAGCUUCAUGAUUGUAGCCAUGACUUAAAAAGCACAGGUACAUAUUUACGAAAUUGCCUCCUGAAAUAUAUUAUUAAUGUUGAAGUUCAGAAAGACAUUCAUACAAGUUUAAAUGUUUGCUAUCAUAUUCUUACAUACCCAAAGCUUUGAAAAACAAAUAAUACAUGCAAAAUAAAACUCUGUUAUAUUUUAAUAUUGUAUAUUUCAAUAUCUGUGUUAAAUAUGAGUGGAUUAUGCCAUUUGCUUAAUGGAAUAGUUGAACAGCGUGAGAAAUGUAUUCAUUUGUAAUGUAGUAAAUACAGGUACUUUGUUGAUCUUGACUUUGCAGCUAUUGAAUUAUUAUUAUUAUUAUUAUUAUUAUUAUUAUUAUUAUUAUUAUUAGUAUUUAUUAUUUUAUACCAAUCAUAAGAAUGGAAGGGAAAACAAUUAUUUCAAAACAUAUAUUCUACAUGGAUUGAUACAAGGCCCACUGGAAAUGGUUUCAAAGCUUUUCAACAGUUGCUAAUUGACAAAUAUUUUUUACUAUUCUUUCAACACUAUAGCCAAACCUUUUAGCCACUUAAUCGUGAUAUCUGGUAAAUUAUAACCUUCUCUAAAUCACAAUUGGCUGAGUUCACUAACAGUAUACAUAAGUUAAGACUCAGGAAAAAAAAAAGUGUACUGCGUCUUAAAUGAAUGCACUACUGUAUUUUUUAAUGAUCUAAAGUAAAGAUCUGAACCCUUCACCCUAAAAUUAGAUUUUAUUUCAAUGUGUCUAUUCAGCAUAGAAAUGGUGCUGAUGUUGGUAAAACACCAGCAGAACUAUAGAGCUACCAGUUUACUUGAUUUAAAAAUGAUGUUUCACUGAUCCAUGUUUAGUGACAACUGUUCUACAAAGAGGUCAAAUUAAAUACCAUCGAAGAGAAUGCAACACAUUACAAUUUGCCUGCCAGUGCUGUUUCUUGGUUUAUUCUGUGUAUGCACAACAGCAAAAGUUGUGCCCCUGCAAAAUAAGGAUAAUGGUGAAUCAUCAAUUCUGUUUGUCCAGGGUAUGUUCUCUUAUCCUGUUGUACGUACAAGGUCAGUUCAGGGUUAUUGAGACUUUAAAAAAUGUUUGUCAAAAGUAAGAGGGCUUUUUGAGCGACGAAUCUGAGGCUGAAAUUUGAGUUGCAUACAAAGUUGCAUACAUUCAUUUUAAAUUAUUAACAAUAUAUAUCAAAUAUAUUAGACAUCUCAGCAUACCAUUGUGUCAUACUGUUUACCAACAUUGCCAAUAACCUUUAAAAUAUGUCAUUUGGAAGCAAUUACCUGUUUGUUAAAUGGGCGAUGUAAAGAUUUAAACACUUUAUUUACUUUUCUUGAAAUAAACUGUUUCACAAAUGUUAAAUAAAACAUCAUAAAAUG